UGUUCCUGUAUAUCUUUCAUAAAAAACUUCGUCUUAAUUUUUCAGAAAAAUAUCGUUGAAGAUGACUGUGAAAUGUAUAAAAGAGGCCGUGGAAAAUUUUCGUAGCGCCACAGAAUUGACAAUUCAUAGUUUCUAUACUGUUGUAGUGCUUAGGACAGUGUCGAGUUAAGUCAGCUUGUUGAGUGUAAGUCACCUUGAGAAGAGCUACCACCUUAAGAUCAGGGAUAAACAAACAUGGCGAUCUCGUUGGAAACGGUAGUUGCUCUUUUGCCGGUAGCGUUUUAAAUGACAACCUCUAGAGCUUAAAGUUUUAAAAGCUGUCGUGCUGACGUGAAAGUUAAUGUGCAUCAUGGAAGCAAGAAUAGUUGACCCUUAUACUACACGAUACGUGAGCCUUGGCUCAGGCCCGCGAGAAAGAGCAUCGGCUUGUGGCUGCAAUUACAGGACAAAGACACCAAAGAAAAUAGGGUCCUGCUACACACACCUAAAUUCUGACCCAGUGUUGAUUUCACAUGACAGGCAGCAGAAAGGCUUGGCUGAAAAAAAGGAGAUUUCACCUUUGGUGAAACAAUUAAACAGAGAGCCAUUCCAAAUACCACCAGGGAAAGGAAGACUGAAAAGAAGACCUUACUCUGCAAUGACACAAUCUCAGUUGGAUUCGUAUUAUGAACAGUCUCCUUUUGUCAAUCGAUUGAUAGCAGUAAAAGGACAGAACAUAAGCUACCAGGAAAGACCAGUUGCUAGAAGAAUAUCAGAGAGCUCCAUGAUUGAUCAAGCGAUUGACAGUGUACAGCAAGCAACAUACGCAGAGUUAUCAAGAUUAGCGUCUUCUCCAUUAAGUCGAAUCGAAGUUCCGAUCCCACCGUGUCCAUCUCCCGAGGAGCUUGUUGAAGAUUGCGAAGCCGAAAGUAGUAAUAAACUUGACAGGAAAGUUAGAGAGUUCUCAGAUGAAGUUGGCAUAACUUUAGAAUCCGAAUCUGCGAUGACCGAGAAAACUGAUAGUGGUAACUCGAAUGUACAUGAAGACAUAACCAGAGCUUCUUUAAACCACAUUGCACAUGUAGACAUAAAUGACUUAGGGCUGGAAAAAGAUGCAGAAAUGAUGAACUAUCCAACAAAAACUCAUUCUAAAAGAGCUGUUUUAGCCUGGGGAAAGAAAUUAGAAAUUGCAGUUCCAACUGGGAAGGAAAGUGAAAUUUCAGAUACUGAUGAAGAUUUUCCAGCGCAAGUUGCUCGGAAGGGUGAACAUUUUGACGAAACUGAGACGGUCUCUUCUACUGGUGCAAGUAGAAAGAAAUUACCUAUGUCUAAAAAUAAUUUCAAGCUGAAACAAGAACCUCGAAAAGUUGAAAAGAAAAGACCCUUCUCAGCAUCAACUGUCAAUUAUUCGGCUCUCAGAAGUAAAAGUAUAGAGUUUCUGUCGGAAGAAGAAAUAUCAAAAGCAAAAUUGUAUAUAUCAGAGAGAACACUAGAAACACUUUUGUAUAUGGAUUUUCUUAAAGAAAAAGACAAAUUAAAGAAAGAUGAUUGCGAGAGAGAUAUAGAACUGUUAGGAAAGCAACUUUCCAAUUCCUGUCACUUAAAAGAAGAAAAAGAAAAGCGGAAGAAUGAAAUACCCCCUGAAAUGCAGGUAUUCUCGAUAGCACAUAUGAUAAGGGCUAGAAAAGAACGUCCUGAUUCUGGUAUGAGGAAAAACAACGGAAACAGAAUUUUUGCUAAAGGGCAGGAGGCAGUUGGUGUUCGUGGAGCACGGAAUGAUGAGAAGCGACCAGCACGCGGCAAUAGUGCCAAUUGUGCAAAAAGAAUACUUCUCAAAGCUGAUAAAGAGAUUAUCGAGCUUAAAAAAGAAAGGCAAGAAGAUGUUUCUAUGAUAUGGAGAAGUAUUUCGGGGAUAGACCUAAAGUGUAAACAAGAUAAAACCGAGAAUGCUCCCGUGGACGAGGCUGAUAUAGCUACUGGGGAAAUCUCAGGGAUUGAGUCCAGGGAAAUGAAAAAAGCUGGAAAUGAUGGAUUGAAUACAGAGGGUGACAAAAUACCUGAUAAUAGAAACUUGAAGUUAUUACCGGAGAGGAAAACAAGAGAAACGUUAGUGGAUGCCGUAGUAUCAUCCGAUUCUGAGAAAACCUCAGGCAAACGGAUCUCGGGAGACAAUGGAACAGACACCUGCUUGGCAAAAGAAAGAAGCAACAAAUCAAGAACGCACAUUACAUUUUGCAAAGAAGAAAAGAAACAGCGGAUUUUGAGACCUACAAGUGCCGUUAUUCAAAGACAGCUACGGUCCAGAUCUUUAAAAAACAUAACCUCUGCAAGUUUGCAAGAUCCAGCCGGUAAAGCAAGGCCGGAAUCUUCUCCGCCGCUAUCGACUGAAGCGAGGCGAUCGAUGUUGAAAAGGAGACAAGUAUCUGCUAGCCAAGUACGCAAUAAAGCCAAUGAAAACAAAAAAGGGUUGAAUACAAAAGUAAUCUCAUCAGAGAGCUUAGAUCUGAAGCCAACUAAUCAACAGAUUUUCCUGACGUCAAAAGUGGAAGAAAAGGCAAUACCAAAGAGGCCGAAAAGUGGCGAGAAAAUUAACACUCAAAGGAAGAAAGUCGUUCCAAAAAGACCAAUAUCUGCACCUUCCAGACCUCUGCAAAGACCGGGUAAUGUCAACGGAAUGGAUAUAAUACAGGAAGAGCAAAAAAUCAGUGACGAGUGCACAAAGGUACUAGAAGCUUGCCAGAAAAAUGGUAUUAUUAUAUCGAUCGACACACUUAGAAGAGCGUUGAUGCCUCCCUGUGAAACAGCCAAGCCUUACAGCCGACAGAAUCUACCACAUCCCUCAAGGUUACUUACCACAACAUGGAGUAGCGACAAGCAGUGAAGUUUUCAAGUCUCAAAUUAGAAAAUUAGAUUCUGAACUGCCAAUGGCUUUUUAUGACAUCACAAAGAUCACGUUUUAGCUUUCAUGGUUGGAAAGCAGUUGCAUUUAAAACAUUUAUAGUUUUUACAAUCUUGGUAAAAGGAUUUGAAAUUCCUAUUUAACGAAUGUUGUUGCAAACGAAGUGUUGCAUUUCUGCUUUCAAAAAGAACUUGUCCUUCACAACAGUUACUGUUCAGUAAGUUCUCACCUCACAAAGAAACCGGUCUAAAUGUUUUUCGUUUUGUUAAAGUUUUGAAUUAUUUUUUGUAUAUUAUAUAUUUCUUUGUGAGCUACGUAGAAAUUCUCUAAUAGCAACUUAGCUAAUGAUUCAUAUUUCAUUUUAUGAAGGUAAUGGUUUGCAUACUGCAUACGAAAUUUUAUUGAUUUUCAUUGUUUUCAGUAUUUUCAGUGAGUUAAGGUCAAGAGUUAUGCUAUCAGGAAUGAUGCUUUCCUCGUUUAUAAUGCGUGUAAAAUCAUUUCGCUCUCACCGUUUCGCAUACAACACAAUAGCGAUACGACACAAUGCUCCACAACACGAUGUGCACGCAACACAAUACGCAAUAAGAAAGCAGAAAAACGAAAAAUUGCAACAAUGCACAUUGUGGCACCAGCGCAAUGAGAAUCAAGCACUGAGAGGUGUAACAAUGAACUUAGACCACAAAAAAUGCAACGAUAUAAAAACAAAAGUACAUUAAGAAAGUACCGCAAUUCGAUGCAAGGGGAAAAGGGGAAGCUCAAAACAUGCUGUUUUUUUUUCAUUUUAAAUCGAUCAGCCUGGUCUGCCUCUGUUGAGGAAUUCAUGUUUGUGGGCACCUAUUUGUUUGCUGCAAAAAACUUUCCCAUCAUUUUAAAUUCUUUACGUCCUUAUUUUUCCUUUUAUCAUUUGAAGCUGCGCACUUUAAACUUUGAAAAUGUGCAGCAAUUAGCAUUUAAUUAUAAUAUACCAAAUUUUCUAUUAACUUUCUGGCAAAAUUUGUCGUUGUCAGCUUUCCUUUGUUAAAAAACUAAAUUGUCAACAGUUUUAGGCGUGUCAACAGCUAUGGUUUUCAAUCAAAUUAAAGCGUACAUGAAUUUGUUUUCAAUAGGAAAUAGUUUUAGACAUCUGGAAGUUUUGAAUUGCUUCUCAUUUCUAAUUUAUACUUUCAAACGAUAUUAGUCAAACUGUCUGA